UGCGAUUUUGCGGGCACCGGUGACCUUUGCGCGAUUAUGCUCUCACGAUUUCAUGGGAUAUUUAUCUUGUGCAUCGUCACGGUAGCCAGAGCAUCCUUUCUGUCGGUGGGGAGAUGGAGCUGCAUCUUGUGCACGCUGAAUAGCGUUAGCGUGUUGCUCUCCUUACCGGAGAUCACACAUCAAUGGUCACUCUUGGGACUGAAUCUCUGGCCGAAUUAUGCAGCGGAUAGAUCUGUGCCUGACGAGCUCCUUGAACAGGAUGCGGCUCGAUUUUCCAGGGUGUUAAACUUCUUUCCCGUUCCGGUCGAGGAAGAGUGCCUGUCGCAGGACAAACGACGUCAGGGAAUAUGCAUGAACACAUAUGAGUGUCGUAUUCAGCGAGGAGAAUCCCACGGACCGUGCGCACUCGGAUUCGGCGUGUGCUGCAUAUUCACGGCAAGCUGCGACAAUGAGGUACAAAAUAAUCUGACCUACGUGACCAGUCCUGGUUUUCCCAACCUCAUCGACCGGCCUAUGAACUGCUCUGUGGUUGUACGGAAGAUCGAUACGGAGGUCAGCCAGUUGAGGAUCGACUUUGUCCAUUUCAACAUUGGCCAACCGAAUGCAAUAACCGGUACGUGCGACGAAGACGUCAUGGUGAUUAAUAACAGCAGGACAUCUUUCGAAUUGUGCGGAUGGAACAGUGGACAGCACGUGUACGUGGACGCGAGCGAAGGCAACGAACCGAUCACUUUAAACUUCCGGCUGCCAAGCGGACUGCAGUCACGAAUGUGGGAGAUGCGCGUGGUGCAAUUGGGUUUCGAGCAACGCGCGCCAGUCGGGUGUCUCCAAUACUUUCGCUCGCCGAACGGCACGCUAAGGACAUUCAAUUAUCUGCCGAACGGCAGAUACCUCGCGGAACACGAUUACCUAUUAUGCGUGCGUCAGGAAAGGGACAUGUGCGGCAUCGCUUAUCAGCCCUGCACGCGAGACUCUUUCCGAAUAGGACCUAAUAGGUUUCAAAAUGUGUCCAACACGACCGGCGCCGUAGCGCCUGCAACGAACAUCGGGAACGCUUCCGCUGUCAGUCCAAGCGUUUCUUCGGGACUUACGUCGGCGAAUAAUUCCGACGCGGACGCCGUCGAAGGAUCGGGAGCAGGCUCGCCCGAAGGACAGGAAAUGAUUUUUACUUCCAACACGAAUGUGGUGUCUUCUCUCGGCAGGCGAUGCAGAGACCGGAUACUUAUUCCCUGCGAUUUUGAAGAAUUUAUCACACCGGGCAACAACAUGGCAGGCAUCUGCAAUUUGGAGCAUUGCGGCAAUUCGCUGUGCAGCCAGGAUGAACUCGACGCGGAGGGCAACUGCCGAGUGGAGGCCUGGACUACGCCCUUCCGCGUAAGGGUGGCGUUUGGUCCUGGCGGUAACACGGACGGCACGCUGGAAGACAAUGCCGGCAUGUGCCUCACGUACCAGCAGUUAGCUUGCGUAGCCUGAGUGCGCAAUUAUUUUACUCCCCGCGAAAGAGGUUUCACAACGCGCGGAGCGACAGAUCGACCUAUAAAUGUCGUCGACGGCGUUUACUCUUAAGGCAUCCUUGACUGUAUAAAGCAUUGUUUCUGUAAGAUUGUCUCGCGCGCUUC